AUGGUCUCAGAAAUUGGCCGAUAUAAAUUGGACCUGGUGGUGAUGCAAGAGACAAGAUGGCUAGGAGAGGAAACUCGCAAAGAGGAUGGAUACACACUAUUCUAUGGAGGAUGUGUAGAUAAACACGAAUUCAGCACUGGUUUUGUAAUGCACAACAAAGCAGCAAAUUCGGUUAAAGGAUUCAAAGCUGUUCUCAAGAGAAUGCCCUGCAUAGUACUUGCAAACAAAGUGUCAGACAUCACAUUCAUCAAUGUUCAUGCCCUGACUGAGGAUAAAACAGAUGAGGAAAAGGAAGAGUUCUAUGAACAACUAGAACAAACAAUUGAGAGCACACCGACUAGAAAUAUCAGGAUACUGCUGUAA